CGUCACCUCGAAUAGCCAGAAACUAUCGCCAGCAAAGGGAGAACGCCGAGGUGAGAGAGAUAAUGCGGUGGUGGUGCUCAUGGUCGGAUGAAUGGGGGUGUCGAGCUAUGCGCGGUUGACGUCCUCAUCGGAGCAAACCCCUUCACCGUUGGUUGCCUUGUACCGUGGCCUGGGAAGUCGGUGACUGCUCAUCAUGGUAGGAGGCCCCGACCGACCGUGCAACCGUGUGCCGACGCUGUGGCUGUGCGCCAAUGAAAUCACGUGAGGUCGUGAGUCAUCUGAGGAUCAUCCUGGUAACUGGAAUCUCAAGUCCCAGGCAAGUUGUGCCCUUGAUCACUUCUUUUACCCACUCAUGUUCUGAUUAAUCAUAAUGAUCUGCAUAGGUUAAUUUUGAUGGGACCUAGUAGGUUACCCUAGUUUGUCUAUCUUUAUACCUUGUUUACCACUAAACUUUUUGGGUAGUACUUGCUAGUGCUUUAUGUGGUUUUGGGUAUGAAGAUACAUUAUUCAUGAUCACACUUUUAUUAUCUGUUUAUUAUUACUAUUCAUGAUAAGAUCAUUAUGUUAAUUGGAACAUGGAGCGACCACCCGGGAAAACAGUGCUACCACAAGGGUUUAUGGACGCCCUUGGCUGAUUAAUUAGGAAAGCUAGUGGAGGACUACCUUACCCGAAAGGGGCAAGGGCAGUAGGGGAGUGGUCAGUGUAGGGAGGUCCUUGGUUGAUUUUGCUGCGAUGGCGGUCAGGCAAGAACCCUGCAUUGGAGCUUCCUAUAAACUGUAGUGGGUUUUCUAAAGCUAGUGGAACUUUGUAAAGGCCUCGUAGUGUUACCCUGCCUCGCCUCCUCGGUAGAGGUGUAUGGGAAGUCGCGAUCCCUUGGCAGAUGGGUAACAUGACUUGUGGGUAAAGAUGCGCAACCUCUGCAGAGUGUAAAACUGGUAUAUUAGCCGUGCUCACGGUCAUGAGCAGCUCGGACCCUCACAUGAUUAAUUUAUGGAACUUAAAUUCAAUUUGUCAUAUGCAUUGCAUCGCAGGUGAUGUUGUUACUUCUGUUCUACUAUUUAAUCGGGUUGGUAUUUACUUAUACUUAGUAAUUGCUAAUAAAAUUUUGACCAACUUUAAAAGCAAUGCUCAGCUCUAACUAUCCUCUUUGGUAAGCCUUACACUUCACGUGAGCUCCCAUCUUUGGCGAGUUCAUGCAUAUUAUUCCCCACAACUUGUUGAGCGAUGAACGUAUGUGAGCUCACUCUUGCUGUCUCACACCCUCCACAGGUCAAGAACAGGUACCGCAGGAUGAGGCGCAUGAAGGAUGCUGUGAUGUGUUCGUGAGAGAUCUAGGUCGUCGUCUCCCAGUCAACUUUGGGUUGCUGGACCGUUGUCUCCUUAUAAUGUAAUUAUUUAUUUAUUUAUUUUGUACAGAACUCCUAUUAUAUAAUAAAGAUGUGACAUUCGAUCCUGUGCCAUGAUUCAUCAUAUGUGUGAGACUUGGUCCUAGCACACCUGGUGAUUAUGUUCGCGCCCGGGCUUUGGACCCCUAAAACCCGGGUGUGACAACAUAUAUUUUGUAUAUUAUAAUAAUGUUUGUUGUUCUGUAUCUAUGUCUCAUACAAGUUUUUUAAUCUCGUGGCAAUGGAUGGAUCUAGUAAUACCAAUAAAAACCUUUUUUGUAUGGUUUAUAUGAAAUUAUACUGCGUUUGAGGCCUAGAUUUUAGAAUUGGAAUAGGUAAAGUCGAAUUCUAGCGUUUGGAUGCUCACGAAAUUCGGAACUAAAAUGUAUCCCAAUUUCCCUGGUAUUCAACUACACUUGCACCCCUCCCCUUCAAUACCGAGCCCCCCACCUCGGUUUUGCUCAGAAUUCAACUACACCCGCAUCCAAACAAUAACAUUGGUAUUGUAGAUCAAUUUCAUUUCUCCUUAAAUUUGGUAUUUCUAGACCAAUUCAAUUUCACCACUUGUAACGGGAAAAAGGCACUUCCCCGUGACCCCGUUUCCUCCAGUUUCCUACCUUCCUCUCGUCCCAGCAGCCGCAAGCCAAAACCCUAGCAAGCAAACCACCGGAGCAGCGGCGCUCGCGCGGGCGGAGCCAUGGCGGACGACGAUUACAACGAAAUCGACAUGGGCUAUGAGGAUGAGCCUCCAGAACCUGAGAUUGAGGAAGGGGCCGAAGAAGAGCUUGAGAACAACGAAGAUGCCCCUGAUGAUGUCAUAGGUGGAGAGGGUGAAGAUAAGGAACAGGAAAAGACCAAGCGUGAGCGCAAAACAACAAAAUAUAUGACGAAGUAUGAACGUGCGCGCAUUCUUGGUACACGAGCCUUGCAGAUAAGCAUGAAUGCUCCAGUCAUGGUUGAGCUUGAGGGAGAAACUGACCCUCUUGAGAUUGCGAUGAAGGAGCUUAGAGCGCGCAAGAUACCCUUCACGAUCAGACGGUACCUACCUGAUGGAAGUUAUGAAGACUGGGGAGUAGACGAGCUCAUUGUGGAGGACUCCUGGAAACGCCAGGUUGGUGGAGACUGAAGAUGCUGAUCUACUUGGCAUGGAAAGGAUGUGUAGUUACAGGUCUUCGUUGCCUCUGAGUGGAUGCUGAACAGUGAAUGAACCAAGACGAAACGAUGCUAUGCUAGAUGUUACCUUGACGUCUGUGGUUGCCUUGGAACUCUGGAACCGUGAUGGCUGGUGGACGGUGGUUGAGUUAUGCUUGUUCGUUUCAGUUUCAGACAUGCUGUGCAGAUGAUUCGUAAACUGACUCGUCUUUCAUUCAUUUGGAAGGGUUUAUCGUAUCUUGCUAUCUUUUGUAAUGAGUUGUAUGCUACAUCCGGCAUGAGACCAUGUUGCUGUUGCUUGUUUCAUUAAACUCCAACGGUUUCCAUAGGAGAGGAGCAAAUCCAGAUGGGUAGUUCACAGCAUAGCUGAGCGGAAAGUAUGCAGACCAGAGCAUGGCGUAUUUGGUGUGUUCCAUGCUACUGCUCUGUUUAAGACUGUUUUGUAUCAGAGUUUGCAAAGAUGGAUACCAUGUAUCCAGAUCAUCUUGCUCA